AUGCUCACACCUCAGGAGGUUGCCUGCCAGUUCGUCCCGGCGUUCUUUGAGCGCCUCGCAUCCAACCCCGCCGAGCUUGCCGAGAUGUACGGCCCGAACUCGUCCUUGACAAUCGUAGACUUCGUGUACGGCACAACCGAAGUCCGAAAUGGGGACGUCCCCCGGGCGGUAGAGCAGUGGUCCCAGAUUCUUCAGGGGUGCGAGAUGUGCGUGGAGAGCUACUCCGCCGUCCCCUUGUACGGUGGGGUGAGCGUGUACGUGACCGCGUUCGCUGAGUCCAAGUCGACCCGCCACUACUUCCAGUUUGUGAACAUCCUUGAGUCGUACAACACGGGGGCUUACGGCUCGGAGGCGUACUUUAUCCGUCACCAGAUUGUGAUGCGUCCCGGCUCCGCCGAGAAGGAGCAGCCGGAGCCCGAGGUCAAACCCCAGCCAGAGCCGAAGUUAGAAGUGUCUCCUGAGCCAGCGGAAGAGGCUGCGGCGCCGUCAACUCGACCAGCCGCAGAGGAGGAAGCGAAGAAGGAGGUUGCCGUGGAGGUUUCUGGAGAAGUCGCAGCAGAAGCAGCCGAGAAGAAGACAGAUACUGUUGAGCCGGCGGCCGCGGCUCCUGCGCAGCGUCAGCCGCCAGCAGCGUCGGCGAAGCCAAAGUCAUGGGCUAGUCUCGCCAGCGCUCAGCCGAAGGGAGAGCAUCGCCAGCCACUGAGGGUGGUUGUCCCGGAGAACGGCGGAAAUGCCGAUGCCGCUGAGGUCAAUGCUCCUGUAAAGCCGACCCAGACAGAGCAACGGCACGUAGCAUCAUCCUCCGCAGCGGCUGUAGGGGGCCAGAAGCCUUCUACAAAGGCCCCGCGUCCCCCCGCAGCGCCUAUUGGUGAUCGCCUGAUGUUCAACAUUGAUUAUGCGGUUUCAGAUGAAGAAAUUAAGGAGGCAUUGGGCCCGUUGGCGGCUCAUAUUGUCUCCCUCCGUAACAACUCCUCCAAUGGUCACGUCUUCCUUGACUUUUCGGAUAAAGAAAACGUCAUGGAUGCUCUCAAGGCCAACCCGCCGGCAAUCGGAACCCGUAAGACUCGUGUGAACAUUUACCGUCAGCGGACGAGGCAGUAA